AUGCUCCAGUCAGCAAGCGUAAUUUCGCAGGAGCUACACAAGUUGCGACAGGAGAAUGUGGAGCUGCGGCAGAUGUACCAGCAGCUCAGGCAGGAAUUCGACGCUUUCCGUGCGCUCGUCCUUGGCCGUGAGGGCCGCCUCCCUUCCGGCGAAACGGAUACAGCAUCGGGGCCGCCCGAGGCUUCGGGUUCCGGUACCCUUCAAGAUCCCGAGGUCUUGCCGUCGACUUCGGACCCUGAGCCAUCGGCAAGCGAGCUUCAAGACGCGCCCGUCUUGGAGAACGACAUCGAUAUGGAUGAAGAGCAGGUUGCUCCCGGCGCCGCCAUCACACUCUCGUUCGCAACGGACGUCCAGGGAGCCGACAUCGAGAUGGAUUGGUCGGCGGAGAACAACAUUGGAUGGGAAAAGGCGGAGAGCCCGACACGAGCGGCGGGCCCUGUCCGCAUGACCCCGCCUCCGACACUGAGCAUGGCAGCGAGCCCCACACAGUCUGUUCCGGCCGAAAUUCCACCCGCCGUGGUGGUCGAGGGCUCUGGCAGUGACGGGGCGCAUCUCGGGCAAGACGACGCAGCGGCAGAGGCUGUGUCCCAGGACCUCGGUCCUGCGGUGCACGAUGCCUCGCAGCCGCCGGUCACCCCUUCGCAGGAAGUCCUUCCCGGUACGACUCCGGCCGAGCAGCAGUCGUCAAAUGAGGCCCAGGAGAAGGUCGUGGAGACCCCAGGUAACGAGCCGGAUAACGAGCCGGGUAUUGUGCCACAAGGCACGUCCGCAGAGCCGACAGGCCAAACCCACGAUGGGGAACACCCCGUAUCACCGAGUGUUACGCCGAACGCGCCCGGACUUCAUGGGGACUCGGACGUGACAGCGCAGCGGACCGAGCCGCCGGAUGACAAUGAUGUUGUGAUGACAUCCGGGGAACACGAACCCGGACCCAGCAAUGAUCAAGGCGGGGUUGCAACUCCACCGAUGGUCCCCUCUUGGACGACGUUACAGGACUAUGGCGGGGAUUUGUAA